AUGGAGUUUCUGGGAAUUGGUAAGUUUGUUUUGGUUGCUUUCUUGGUUUUCUCGGUUGUGGCUGAGUGUAGAAAAUUAGAAGCGGAUAAUGGGGGGAGUGGGAAAGUGAAGAAGCCGGAAUGGUUUUUUGAUGGGCAGCCGUGGUUUACUAAUAAUGGAGGCUCAUCAAGAGGGUGGAGUUUUGGGCACUCGUUUAGUUUUGGCAAUGGGCAAGGUGGAUUUAUUAUUGGGAAGAAAGGGAAGGUUAGUGCAAAACCAGAUUGUGCAGGGAAAGGGGGCGGUUUGGGAGGUGGUGGCGGCCUUGGGAGUGGAGGUGGUGGGACUGGAUUAGGAGGCGGGGGAGGUGGUGGCGUAGGUUUAGGAGGAGGUGGUGGCAUUGGCAAGGGGAAAGGUGGUGGUUUAAAGCACCAUAUAGGAAAAAAGGAGCAUCAUCAUCAUCAUGGAAUAGGAAAGGGGAUUGGAGGUGGAGUUGGUAAGGGAAUCGGAGGUGGUGGUGGAGCUGGGGGAGGAUUGGGCGGGGGAGCCGGGGGAGGAUUAGGCGGUGGAGCUGGUGGAGGAGCUGGCGGAGGAGUAGGCAGUGGAGCUGGUGGAGGAUUAGGCGGUGGAGCUGGUGGAGGAUUAGGCGGUGGAGCUGGUGGAGGGAUAGGUGGUGGAUCUGGGGGUGGAAUAGGAGGAGGUGCUGGCGGAGGAGCUGGUGGUGGUGGAGGUUUUGGCGGUGGUGCCGGUGGGGGUGGAAGUUUUGGCGGUGGUGCUGGUGGGGGUGGAGGUUUUGGCGGUGGUGCUGGUGGAGGCGUUGGUGGUGGAAGUGGCGCUGGCUUUGGAGGUGGUGGAGGUUUUGGCGGUGGUGCUGGUGGAGGCGUUGGCGGUGGUGCAGGAGGGGGCUUUGGUGGAGGUGCUGGGGGUGGAAUUGGUGGUGGAAGUGCAGUUGGUGUCAAGGAGAAGCAUCCUUAA